UGAUUGGUCGGCUUGCCGGUGCCUUUGCAGUAGCUCCUACGGGUCGUGUUAAUUUCAGGAGUCAUCAUGGCGCUCGCUACCCAAAUCAAAGAGCACCCAUACUCUCAUGUCAUCGACACGCUGAAAGAUGGCAAGAUCAAAUUCUUCAACCCGCUGAAACUCAACGAUCCGAGAUACGACCGGCUGCCUCUGUCCAUCCGUGUCUUUCUGGAGGCAGCGAUACGCAACUGCGAUGGCUUUUAUACCACAGAGGGCGACGUGGAGAACAUCUUGGACUGGCAGCAGCAGCAGGAUAAAGCCGAAGUGCCUUUCACUCCGGCACGAGUCCUUCUGCAGGACUUCACUGGCAUUCCUGCCAUGGUGGACCUGGCAGCCAUGAGGGACGCCGUGGCUAAACACGGCGAAGACCCCAGUUUGGUCAACCCUAAAUGCCCCACAGACCUGAUUGUAGAUCACUCAUUACAGAUUGAUUUCAGCAAAUGUGCCAUACAGAAUGCUCCAAACCCCGGUGGAGGGGAAAGUGCGACCCCCAGCCUGGCUCCUCCUCGCUCUGUGCCCUCCAGGCUUCCAUCCAGAGGCGGCUCACAUUGCGGAGGCCAGCAGGGCUCCUGUAGCAAAGCCGCCUGUAGCGACCCGCCGGCCUCCUCAGGAGGACGUCCAGCAGCAGUCCAGCAGAUUGAGAACACGCCUCUUCUCUGCCCCUUCCACCUAAAGCCUGUGUCUGAAACUGAAACGGCUGUGAAGAAUCAGGAAAUGGAACUGAUAAGAAACAAGGAGAGGCUUCAGUUCUUUAAGUGGUGCUCCAAAGCAUUCAAGAACGUGAACGUGGUUCCUCCAGACGUGGGUGCGGUUCAUCAGGUCAAUUUAGAGUACCUGUCGCGGGUGGCGCAGGUCAGCGACGGUGUGAUCUACCCGGACAGUGUGGUGGGAACAGACUCCCACACCACCAUGAUCAACGGGCUGGGGAUCCUAGGAUGGGGCGUGGGGGGAAUUGAGUCAGAAGCCGUGAUGCUCGGCCAGCCCGUGUCUCUGACUCUCCCUCAGGUGGUGGGCUGUAAACUGGUGGGCUCCAUCAACCCUCUCAGCACAUCCAUAGACAUCGUGCUGGGCAUCACAAAGCACUUGCGGCAGGCUGGCAUCGCUGGGAGGUUCGUUGAGUUCUUCGGACCCGGAGUCUCCCAGCUGUCGGCUCCUGACCGGACCACCAUCGCCAACAUGUGCCCGGAGUACAACGCCACCGUCAGCUUCUUCCCCAUCGACCGAGUCACACUCAAGCACUUUAAAAAGACAAAUUUCAGCCAUGAAAAACUUGAAUUGAUGGAGUCUUACGUGAAGGCAGUCAAACUUUUCCGAAGCUAUGAAGAACCUCCGGAAGACGUCCAGUAUUCCGAGGUUAUCGAGAUCAACCUGAGCUCCAUGGUGCCCCACGUCAGUGGCCCCAAAAGGCCCCAAGACAGGGUGGCGGUCAGUAACAUGAAGGCAGACUUUCAGAGUUGUCUGGAAGAGAAGGUGGGCUUUAAAGGUUUCCACAUUUCCAAGGAGAAGCAGGAGACUCGGGUCCCCUUCCUGCACUGCGGUCAGGAGUACCAGCUGGUGCACGGCUCGGUGGUCAUCGCCGCCGUCAUCAGCUGCACCAAUAACUGCAAUCCGUCUGUCAUGCUGACUGCAGGUCUUCUGGCCAAAAAGGCCGUGGAAGCCGGCCUCACUGUCAAGCCUUACAUCCGGACCAGUCUGGCUCCUGGAAGUGGGAUGGUCACUCACUACCUCAACAGCAGCGGCGUUCUGCCUUACUUCAGUCAGCUGGGGUUUCAGGUGAUCGGUUACGGCUGUGCCACCUGCGUUGGAAACACAGCACCGUUACCGGACGCCGUCGUGGACGCCAUCAAACAGGGGGAUCUGGUGACCUGCGGUCUGUUGUCCGGCAACAGGCACUUUGAAGGACGCCUGUGCGACUGCGUGCGUGCCAACUACCUGGCCUCCCCUCCCCUGGUGGUGGCUUACGCCAUUGCGGGCACUGUGGGAAUCGACUUUGAGAAGGAGCCGUUAGGUUUAUCUUCAAGCGGAAAGGAGGUGUAUCUUAGUGAUAUCUGGCCGUCCAGAGAGGAGGUCCAGCAGACGGAGGAGGACACGGUCAUCUCCUCUGUCUUCAAGGAUCUCAGGGGAAGGAUGGAGAAAGGGAACACGUUUUGGAACAACAUUGAAAGUCCAGACUCGGUGGUUUUCCCGUGGGAUCCCAAGUCCACGUACAUCCGUUGUCCACCUUUCUUCAGCAAGCUGAGCAAAGAGCUCCCCGCUCCUCAGUCCAUAGAGAACGCUCACGCCUUACUCUUCCUCGGGGACAAAGUGAGCACCGACCACAUCUCGCCAGCGGGCAGCAUCGCCAGGGCCAGCACCGCCGCCAAAUACCUGCAGAGCAGACGGCUGACCCCGCGGGAGUUCAAUUCGUACGGCGCUCGCAGAGGAAACGAUGCGGUGAUGACCAGAGGCACGUUUGCCAGCAUCAAGCUCCUGAAUCGGUUCAUCGGGAAGCCAAGCCCGAAGACUUUGCACAUUCCUUCAGGCCAGACGCUGGAUGUCUUUGAAGCAGCGGACCGCUACCAGAGAGAUGGCGUUCCCCUGGUUAUCCUGGCAGGAAAGGAGUACGGCUCUGGGAAUUCCAGGGACUGGGUUGCCAAAGGGCCCUAUUUGCUUGGCGUGCGAGCGGUCAUCGCCGAAAGCUUCGAGAAGCUCCACAAGUCCCAGCUGGUGGGGAUGGGCAUCAUGCCGCUUCAGUUCCUGCCCGGCCAGAGCGCCGACUCGCUGGAGCUCAGCGGGAAGGAGCGCUUCAGCAUCGUCCUGCCAGAGAGCCUGAGUCCCAGGCAGCAGCUCACCGUUAAGACCAGCAAAGGAACGUCCUUCUCCGUCACCGCACUCUUCGACUCUCAGAUAGAUGUCAUCAUUUUCCAACACGGGGGGCUUCUUCGGUACGUCGCCCAGACUUUUCUCAGAAGUGGCUCGCAGCCCAGAGCCGGUGCGGCCGAGCGCCCUCCAUGUCCAUAAACAGCAGCCGUCUUUGGUUUGUCGUCCUGAUGGAGAGACUCUGAUGAUCCGUCUGCCAGCGCCGGAGGCUCCACUGACUUUUGGAAUGUAUGCUUUAGGAGCAGCGCCAGAGUUACAGCGCAGCAGUGUCCCAGCAGCAGCGAAUGCAUCACACAACCAAGAGGAAACAGCGACGCCAGUCAUUUCCAUCUGUUAUGGUCUUCUAUAAAAAAAAAAACUCCAAAAUAUAUAUAUAUAUGUAAAUCGAGUCCGCUUACACAAACAGACAAAUACACACUUUUUUUUCCAAGAAUGCUAAAUUUGGGCUUAUUACAGGUUUUAUGUAUAUUCAGUGUUUUAUGUAUAUUCAUACAAUCACUUCCGUAGUUCAGGUUGUUAGCUGGCUCCUCCUCCAUCGUCCCUACUUUCAGUCCUGGUGCUAAGCUCCGCCCCCCACUGACUGCACUUGUAGUGUGUUGAACUCCGCCUUUUAUCUGACUAGACAGAAAGGAAGUAACUACACCCCCUCUUUGUGUGACAUUGUGGAAGAAUCUGCACUUUUGUCUGGGAUUGAGGGCAGAGAUGAUCAGGGGCGUGUCUGGUGAUGGCUCCACCCCUCGACUGUCUUCUCACCUCCUGUCUCAGUGCGACCUGGAUUUUAACGUUCGUCAGAGUUCAGUCGGCAUGUCCUUGUCAGGUUGAUGUGCAUGUGAUCAGUGUUUUUGUGAGCGGAUCUCCUGCAACCUCCAUUUACAGAGCAUAGCCGUCACAACACUGAAGAGCGUCACGGUCUGAAGAUCCGUGUAGAGCUUUGUUUUGCUUCGUCCAGCUGCCAACAGGAACCACCUUCAUCUUCUCUGCCGUCUUUGUGCCUCACCCAUGUCUCCACACGGCUCCUCCCCCUCCUCCUACUGCUUCACGAUGGUCGACCUCCUCAGAAGAGUCGGCCAGAGUCUUACCGUCUGCCUCUUCAGUUUGAGCACGUCGUGAGUGGAGGGUCCGCCACUCCCGUCUUUCACCGCCUCACGCCAUGGAGGACAAACAGAAGCGCUGUUUGUAUCACUGCACCGGACUGUAAAUACUUUUUAAUAAAUGGAAAAGUAAAGCUGGCA